ACAAAUCACCCCUUUCAAGGUCCCCCCAGAGCAUCUUCAGCGCCGAAUCUCCCACACUUGGCAAAAUCCACCAAAAUCACUUUCACCAGCUUACCCAUCUUCGCUCACUAUAAAUAUAUGUCUGGCAGGGUUCAACGAGCAUCACAUCUUCACCGUUUCGCAGACAGUGAAGACAACUUUUUUCUUGUCAGUGCGAGUGCAACGGAAAAAAAAUGCGCGCAUCUCUUAUAGUGAGCUGUGCACUUGCACUUAGUUCAUUGACACCAUCCCAAGCUGGACAGCUCGCUAAGCGAGAAGCUCCACUGCCUGGCAACGGGGGAUAUUCUUCCGGUGGUCCAACCAACGGUUAUUUGCCCCCAUCUACAGGCGGUGGAUCAUUUGGAGGUAACGGAGGAGGCUACUCCGGUGGAUCUUCAGGAGGCAAUGGAGGAGGAUACUCCGGUGGUGGAUCCUCAGGAGGUUAUUCGGGAGGUAAUGGAGGUGGAUACUCCGGUGGUGGAUCCUCAGGAGGUUAUUCAGGAGGAUCUUCGGGCGGUAAUGGAGGAGGAUACUCCGGUGGUGGAUCCUCAGGAGGCUAUUCUGGUGGUUCCUCAGGAGGGUAUUCUGGUGGGUCUUCUGGAGGUUAUUCCGGAGGGUCUUCGGGAGGUAACGGAGGAGGUUAUUCCGGCGGUGGAUCCUUCGGAGGUGGAUACCCAUCCCCAGCAGCUCCCUCAUCUAGCUACGGUGCCCCUCAAAGUCCCCCAUCUAGCAGUUACGGCGCUCCACCAAGCGGUCCAGCAUCUCCACCAUCCUCCUCCUACGGCGCACCAACUGGCGGCGAUCUGUUCGGUGGUUCAUUCAUAAACGGAGGCUCAUCCUCAUUCGGUGGUUCCUCCUCGUUCGGUUCCUCAUUUGGAGGAAGCGGUGGUUACUCCUCAGCCCCAUCCCCUUCAGGUUCCUACGGUGCUCCACCAGCCCCAUCCAGCGGCUACGGCGCCCCCCAAAGUUCUCCACCAGCAACUAGCUACGGUACACCCAUAGCCCCUUCAAGACCGGCCUCCAAACCAUCGUCAAGCUACGGAGCACCACCAUCUCAACCUUCUGGAGGCUACGGAGUCCCACCAGCAUCCCCACCAUCUUCCAGCUACGGCGCUCCACCAUCCCGACCGGCAUCUAGGCCAUCCUCCAGCUAUGGUGCCCCUCCAUCCAGGCCAUCUUCAAGCUACGGUGCUCCACCAGCUGCCCCACCAUCUUCCAGCUAUGGUGCCCCACCAGCAGCUCCACCAUCCUCUAGCUACGGUGCCCCUCCAUCCAGACCAUCUUCAAGCUAUGGUGCUCCUCCCUCCAGGCCGUCUUCAAGCUACGGUGCUCCACCAGCUGCUCCACCAUCAAGGCCAUCUUCUAGCUAUGGUGCUCCACCAGCCGCCCCACCAUCUUCCAGCUAUGGUGCUCCACCAUCUAGGCCUUCUUCCAGCUACGGCGCUCCACCAGCAGCUCCACCAUCAUCCAGCUACGGUGCUCCCAACGGAGGUGGAAAAUCAAACGGUUUCGGAGGAGGUUUUGGAGGAUCUAGUUCUUUCGGAGGUUCCGGAGGGUACAGCGCCCCAGCGCCAGCCCCAUCCUCAAGCUACGGCGCCCCAAAAGGUAACGGUGGCGGAAAUGGAUACAGCUCCUCUGGUUCUUUCGGAGGUAACGGCGGAGGGUUCGGCGGUGCACCGUCCGGUGGAUAUGGAGCUCCUCCAGCGUCUCCCCCAAGCUCUGGCUACGGUGCUCCCCCGGCUGCUCCCCCAAGUUCCAGCUACGGUGCCCCACCCUCCAAUGGAGGCGGUCAAAGUUACGCCAGCAACGGAGGCUACUCAUACUAAGACGUUUCGUGUAUGAUUAGAAAAAUGUACAUAGAUAGGCGUAAUUAUUUAUUGACGAAUCUGAAUGCAGUAUUAUGAAAUUUUUGUGUACUUUUUUAUAAAAUAAAUCUUUUUUAUGAAAUCGAAA